AGUCGCCAUUUGGCGGCUCAAGCUGACGGCCCAUGACAGAAGAGUACACCGGCGAGGAGGUCUUGAUUGAAGAGCUCCCGAAAUCGGCGUUUGACCACUCCAAGGACAAAGCAAAGGAUCUGUCCUACUACUACGCUCAUCAGCCAGAGGCCGAGAAAGGCUUCCCGAAGGAGGCGGUGGUUCGAGAGGAAGAUCCAAGGAUACGAGCAGACGGGCUCGGGCCCAAGCCCCUAGAUGAGAAAAAGAAGGUGGAGUUUGACAACGUGAGAUGGCUGACAACCAUGUCAUUCUCCGAUGAUGGCAAGGCUGUGAAGGUCUAUGUGGACUUUCCGGAGGAGCUCAAGGAUGCAGAGAUUACCUGCGAGUGGGAGCGCUUUGGCGUGGAGCUGGUGGCACGGCUGCAGAACGGCAAGCUCUAUGGGAUCCGGGUGAAGGACGCGGAGGGCUGGGUCCUGGAGCACGAGCGAAAGAACGGCUGGGCCCACGAGAUUGUGCCAGAGAAGUGCAAGUGGCGUUUAUCCUCAAGCACGCCCAGAAUCACCCUGACCCUGAUGAAGAAGGACGAGAAUGAGAAGUGGUACGAGCUCCGCAAAAAGGACAUUAGAUCAACCUUUUAAUGAGUUGAACGGCGUUUCACAACGAGUUAGGUGACCACAUCUGGGCUCUCCGCCAG